AUGACAUCCUUCGGAACCACGUCUCCUAUGCCUGAGACAUUUAUCCCGACAACGUUCAAAAUCCGGGGUCAAGUUUAUCACCGAAUCGGUUCCCUUCUGCCGACAUUGGAUACCAGUCCAAAAUUUCUCCAGAUAUAUUUCAUGGGAGGUGAAGAUUCUCAACUCAAGGAGCGUUGUUCGCUCAUAUCAAAAGUUCGGCAGGACGUUGUGGCCAUGCUCCAGCGAUGUUUUGAUCGACACAAUAUUUUAAUCAAAGCUUUCAAGACCGCACUGGAGAGCAUGCCAACCGAUAAGUUCAAAGUCAUCAUCAGAGCUGAUAAGCGACCCCUUGGUGAGCAUGAGAGGCGGUUCAAUGCGCCUCUGAUCGAUGAGGUGGCCGUGGUGAUGUCUGCCGAGGCUGGGGAUUCGCGAGACAUUUUGCUGACCAAACGUGGUGAUAAGCUUCAACGAAUCGCAGAAACACAUCGGUCGUAUGACGCCCUCCAGUAUCCCGUUCUCUUUCCACGAGGCGAGGAUGGUUAUCAUUUCGACGUACGGCUCAUAGAUCCUAUCAGCCGUGAACCGCGGGAGCCCAAAGCGAAAGUGUCUUCCAUGGCAUUCUAUGCGUAUAGAAUACAGGUUCGAGAUGAUCAAGAAAAUCAUUUGCUCAAAUGCCGUCAGCUGCUCAACCAAUUCGUGGUGGAUUCUUACGCCAAAAUAGAAGGAGAGCGUUUGCGGUUCCUGAGACUUAACCAGAGCAAAUUACGGUCGGAAAACUAUAUUCACUUGAAAGAUGCCCUGGCGACGGAUGGCGAUAUCCACAAUGUUGGUCAGCCCUGUAUACUGCCAUCAACUUUCAUAGGCAGUCCACGAUCGAUGCAUGAAUACUCACAAGAUGCCAUGACCUACGUUCGGAAUUACGGUACGCCGGAUUUGUUCAUCACAUUUACGUGCAACCCAGCAUGGGAGGAAAUUCGACUCUUACUCACAGAGGGUCAAAACCCCAGUGACCGACACGAUAUCGUAGCGAGAGUUUUCCGACAGAAACAACUGAAACUACUCACUGCAAUCAAAGACUGCUGUAUUUUCGGAGAAGUCAGAUGCUGGAUGUAUACCAUCGAAUACCAGAAACGGGGUUUACCGCAUUCUCAUAACUUGAUUUGGCUCAAAGACAGCAUAUCACCGUCACGCAUUGAUCAAGUGAUUCGGGCGGAGAUUCCGGACAAAAACACAGAUCCAGACCUACAUCAAGUCGUGAUCAGUCAAAUGAUUCACGGGCCCUGCGGGCCGUGCAAUCCUUUCUCUCCCUGUAUGGAUCGAGAGAAAAAAAUAUGCACGAAGAAAUAUCCGCGAGCAUUAAGCAAAGAGACACACACAGGACAUGACGGAUACCCCAAAUAUCGCCGAAGAUCACCGGCCGACGGCGGUUUUACCGUCACGCUGAAGCGGACCUCGGGAGAUAUCAAGGUCGACAAUUCCUGGAUUGUACCUUACUGUCCACUCCUGUCGAAGAUGUUCAAAGCCCACAUCAAUGUAGAAUACUGCAAUUCCAUCAAGUCCAUCAAGUACAUCUGCAAGUAUAUUACGAAAGGGACGGAUUUAGCCAUGUUCGGACUCUCGAAUAUCGAUCGUAAUGACGAAAUAGCGCAAUAUCAACUCGGGAGGUACAUUUGCUCCAAUGAAGCUAUCUGGCGGAUUUUGAGCUUCCCGAUCCAUGAGCGGUACCCAACCGUGGUGCACCUCAGUGUCCAUUUGGAAAACGGACAAAGGGUUUACUACACGGAAGAAAAUAUUCAUGAACGCAUCCAAGAAGCUCCGAAAACCACAUUGACGGCAUUUUUUGCUCUCUGUGCCCAGGAUGAUUUCGCUCGACAACUCCUAUAUGUUGAAGUACCCAAAUAUUACACGUUCUGCACCCAGAAAAAGAUUUUCCAGAGACGGAAAAGAGGUACCCGACUGCCCGGCCAGGCUGUUCUUGCUUCUGACGCUCUAGGGCGCGUAUAUACCGUGCACCCUAACAACGCGGAAUGCUUCUAUCUUCGUAUGUUGCUCCACAACAUUCGAGGGCCCACUUCAUUCCAAGCCUUGAAAACGGUGGAUGGAACUCUGUUUGACACGUAUCGUCAAACCUGCCAUCAUUUGGGAUUAUUAGAAGAUGAUCGACAAUGGGAGCGAACGAUGAAUGAGGCACAACCAACGACGUUCCCAAGCCAGAUGAGAAAUUUGUUCGCCAUAAUUCUCACAUGUUGUAAUCCUUCCGACCCCCCUGGCUUAUGGGAAAAGUUCAAAGAUCCAAUGACCGAAGAUAUAUUAUUCCAAGUGAGGAGGCAAACGACGCUUCCAGAUUUAAGUUUUUCUCCUGAGAUGUAUAACCGCGCGCUGAUACUUCUGGAAGAUUUAUGUUUGUUAAUGACAAACAAGACUCUCGACAAGUUGGGCCUCCGAUCUCCCCAGAGAGAUUCUAAUGGCUUCCUGGAUGCAGAGUUUCUGCGAGAAACAAGUUACGAUAUCGAUGCGCUCGAAAACCAUGUCGAAAGCACUAAACCAUUGAUGAAUAGAGAUCAGAGAAACGCCUACGACCUCAUCAUGAGCAAGCUACAAACCAAUCAGCCAGGAAUUAUAUUCCUCGAUGCGCCCGGGGGAACUGGAAAAACAUUCCUCACUAACCUGCUCUUGGCUGAGAUUCGGAGCAAAGGAUGCUUGGCAUUAGCAAUGGCUUCAUCAGGAAUCGCCGCGACAUUACUACAUGGAGGUCGAACCGCUCAUGCCACACUGAAGCUUCCCUUGGAUAUAGAUAAACGAGAUGCGCCCGUAUGCAACAUCAGCAAACGGAGCGCCAUGGCGAAAGUUCUGCAGUCGUGUAAACUAAUUGUUUGGGACGAAUGCACGAUGGCCCACAAAAAAUCACUUGAAGCGCUCCACAGAACCUUACAAGACAUCAGAAGUAAUCAUUCACUCAUGGGAGGACUGCUAUUACUCCUUUGCGGCGAUUUUCGACAAACUCUGCCAGUGAUCCCGAGAGCGACCCCCGCUGACGAAAUCAAUGCCUGUCUCAGAUCAUCCGUUCUCUGGCGCAACGUUGAGAUCGUUUCUUUGUCGCAAAACAUGAGAAUCACUUCGAACGAAUCAGUCGCUGAAGGAUUCGCUGCGAAACUACUACAAAUAGGCGACGGAACAUGGCCACUUGAUGCCAAUGGAUACAUAAAGCUCAACUCCGACGUCUGUCAAUUGGUCGACACAUUGCCUGAUCUCAUCCGAGGAGUUUAUCCCGAGCUUGCUACGAACUACAUCGAUCGCGAUUGGUUACGCCAAAGGACAAUAUUGGCUCCGAAAAAUGAUGACGUCCAGGAGAUCAACUCGAGUCUUCUGGCUCAGAUUCGUGGGGAGUUCUUCGAAUACAAAUCCAUCGACUGUACCCUCGAGAUUGAUGAUGCUGUGCACUAUCCAACUGAAUUCUUGAAUUCACAAACGCCGCCAGGUUUUCCGCCCCACCUAUUGCGUUUAAAGAUUGGUUGUCCUAUCAUGCUGCUUCGAAACCUCCAACCACCGAAUUUGUGUAAUGGAACACGGCUUUGCGUGACAGCUCUUCACAAUCACUCAAUCAGAGCAGAGAUCUUGACCGGUAUCGGAAGAGGGCAGAUCGUUCUAAUUCCUCGAAUACCGAUGAUACCUUCAGACUCACCAUAUCAAUUCAAGCGACUUCAGAUACCGGUACGCGCCGCAUUUGCUAUGACGAUAAACAAAUCUCAGGGUCAAUCCAUUCAAUAUUGUGGAGUAAGCUUGCAAUCCCAAUGUUUCUCGCAUGGUCAACUAUACGUUGCGUUUUCGAGGGUCGGAUCUCCGGACAAUCUUUUUGUCUCGCUCCGGGCGCUGAAACCCGAAAUAUUGUUUAUCCAGAAGUAUUGUCUUCUCUCAAUAAAUGAGAGUGACGUGAAUAUCAAUGAUGCCGACUCUGACACAUCAUUCCCCCCUUGA